AUGUUGCUGCUUCCGUGCAGACAUGGAACCUCUUUUCCUAAGCUAGAUGACUUGGUACCAAGUGGAAAAAUGAAGAUUCUCCUGGUCUUUCUAGGUCUGCUUGGUAAUUCCGUUGCUAUGCCACUGCAAAUGCCCCGAAUACCUGGAUUUAGCAGUAAAAGUGAGGAGAUGAUGCGGUACGGUCAAUUCAACUUUAUGAACUCACCACAUAUGGCACAACUGGGCCCUAUGUAUGGAAAUGGCAUGCAACUCCCCCCUCAGCUCUUCCCGCAGUACCAGAUGCCCAUGUGGCCACAGCCACCAGCCAUCAUGGGGCGCCCAAAGAAAUCAUCUCCCUCAACACAAAAACCUCAGAGCAAGACUGAUCAAGCCCCAGAGACCCCAAUGCCCAACCAGACUCAACCAAAAAAGUCACCUCCAAAGCAGCCUGCCCAAACUCAGGCCGAAGAGGAAGCCCAGCCACCUCAGGCAUUCCCACCAUUCGGCAAUGGGCUAUUUCCAUAUCAUCAGCCACCGUGGCAAGUUCCACACAGGCUACCACCAGGUUAUGGACGUCCACUAGGCAGCAAUGAAGAAGGCGGGAAUCCUUACUUUGGAUAUUUCGGAUAUCAUGGAUUUGGGGGUCGUCCUCCUUACUAUUCAGAAGAGAUGUUUGAAGAUUUUGAAAAACCCAAAGAAGAAGAUCCUCCUAAAGCAGAGAGUCCAGCCACUGAACCCUCGUCUAAUUCAACAGUUCCUGAAAAUAAUUCCACCCAACCAAAUGCAGCCAACCCCAGAGGCAGUCAGGGUGGAAAUGACACCAGCCCAACAGGAAACAGUGGCUAUGGGCCAAACACUGUGAGCAACCGUACAGUUCAAAAUGGGGUCAUCCUACCCCCUACAGUUAAUAUUUCAGGCCAGGGAAUACCAAGACGUCAAAUCCCAUGGAGACCAAGUCAGCCAAAGAUUCAUGAAAAUUACCCAAAUCCUAACAUCCGAAAUUUUCCUGCAAGAAGACAAUGGCGUCCCACUGGUACUGCCACAGGGAAUAGACAGAAUGGGCCUUUCUACCGAAAUCAAGUUCAAAGGGAUCCUCAGUGGAACUCCUUUGCUUGGGAGGGCAAACGAACAGUUCCUCCAGGAAAUCCAAUUUAUCGCAAAUCUUAUACUCCCACUACAAGAGGCAAUUCUCCCAAUAAUGCAGGAAAUCCAGCAAAUAUCAGAAGAAAGCCUCAGGGGCCGAAUAAACCUCCUGUGGUAACCAAUGUUCCUCUGGGUCCCAAACAUGAUACUGUUGACCUCAACGAAAAAGUCCAAAACCCGAGAGAGAAGCCACCUGAUCAAAAAGAAAUAGUCAUUCCUACAAGGGAUCCACCUGGCCCCUGGAGAAACUCUGAAGACUAUGGAAUUAACAAACCAAAUUAUAAACUGCCUCACUCUGAAGGUAACAUACUAGUCCCAAAUUUUAAUUCUGUUGAUCAACGUGAAAACUCUUACUACCCAAGAGGAGAUAUCAUAAGAGCCCCAAAUUAUGAUGGACAAACUCAAAGCCAGAAUUUGCCCAAAGGGAUUAUUUUAGAGCCAAGAAGAAUCCCAUAUGAAUCAGAAACUAACCAGCCAGAAUUACAGCACAGUACAUAUCAGCCUGUAUAUCCCGAGGAAACCCCUUCCCCUGCAAGAGAACAUUUUCCCACUGAAAGAAAUACUUGGAACCAGCAAGAAAUCUCUCCACAUUUUAAGGAAGAUCCUGGGAGGCAGGAAGAACACUUACCUCACCCUUCCCUUGGCUCUAGAGGAGGUGUCUACUACCCUGACUAUUACCCCUAUGAUCCCAGGGAAAACUCACCAUACUUUAGAGGCAAUGCAUGGGAUGAGAGAAAUUAUUCUCCCAAUACUAUGGGGCGACUCAAAAAUCCACUGUACCCCGUGAAUACUCCAGAUGUGAAAGAGACAGUCCUUUAUAAUGAAGAGGACCCAACUGAUCCAACUGGAGGUGAAGCUUUCCCAGGACAAAGUAGAUGGGGUGUGGAGGAGUCAAGCCUUAAACAAGGCCCAACGGUUAGGCACUAUGAGGGUGAGCAAUAUACCUCAAAUCAACAAAAAGAAUAUCUUCCCUAUUCCUUAGAUAACCCAUCGAAACCCAGGGAGGAUUUUCCUUAUGGUGAAUUUUACCCCUGGAACCCAGAUGAGAAUUUUCUAUCAUAUGAUACAGCUCCCACUGUAUUACCACCUGUGGAGAACAAGGGCUAUUAUACUAGUGAUGUUAUUGGACAAGAAGAAAACACUCCAUUUCCUUCUUGGAACUCCUGGGACCACAGGAUUCAAGCCCAAGGGCAGAAAGAAAUAAGGCCAUACUUUAACAUAAAUUUCUGGGAUCAGCCAACAAAUUUACACAAAGCCCCUGCUAAUCCACCACACCAGAAAGAGAACCAGCCCUAUUCCAGUAACUCCCCGGCUGGGCUUCAGAAAAAUCCAACAUGGCCUGAAGGUGAGAAUUUGAAUUAUGGCAUGCAAAUUACUAGGUUAAAUUCACCAGAGGGAGAACAUGUGGCUUUCCCAGACUCAAUUCCUCUGAGUUACCCAGCAGGUCAAAAAGAAGCACAUUUAUUUCACCUAAGCCAGAGAAGCCCUUGCUGUGUCGGUGGCUCCAUAGGGCCCGAGGACAAUCCACUUGCUCUACAAGACUACACUCCAUCCUUUGGUCUCUUACCAGGGGAGAACCAAGACACCAGCCUUCUGUAUAUGGAAGAUAGUCACACUAACCAUGCAAGAGAUACCAUCUCCCCAACAAUCAUCCCACCUGUCGAAGGAAACAGCUCAGAGAAAAGACUGCCUGGAGAAAGUCAAAACCCAAGUCCUUUUGGAGAUGAUGUGUCCCCUCUGAGGAGGAACAUACCAUGUUCUAUAAAGAAUCAACUAGGUCAAAGAGGAAUUAUGCCCAUUCCUGAAGCCAGUUCCCUUCAACCAAAGAAUACACCUUGUCUCAAAAGUGAUCUUGGAGGAGAUGGGAACAAUGUUUUGGAACGAAUAUUUGAAGGCAACCAGCUCAAUGAAAGAACUGUUGACCUUACUCCUGAGCAGCUUGUUAUCGAUAUACCUGAUGAAGGCCCCAAGCCAGAAGGAAUCCAAAGUGAAGUACAAGGAAACGAAGGUGAAAGGCAGCAACAAAGGCCACCUAGCAUCCUACAGUUACCAUGCUUUGGCUCCAAUUUAGCAAAGUAUCACUCCUCCGGCGCUGGAACUCCAUCUAGCAUUGGAAGGCCAGGCCUAUUUGAUGGGGAUCCAAUUAUGCCUACUGAAAUUCCUAAUUCAUUGGCUGGGUUAGCUACUGGGGCAGAGUUUCAGAGUAUAAGUGUAGACCCACUUAAUGCAGAUGAGCACACUUCAUUUGAUUACCUUCAAAUAGGGACCGAUCCAGAAGACCAGGUGCAAGACUGCCUACUACUUCAGGCCUAG